GGAGGAGUCGGAGGAGGAGGAGGAGGAGGAGGAGGAUGGGGGCCGCUGAAGAAGUGAUCGAAGCGAGGGGGGUCGAUUCCAAGGAUCUCCAACAGCAGAGCAAAGCGUUCGACAAGCUCACCGACCAUGUCGAAGAUCGCCAACUCAACUCCGUCCGAGUCCAGGAGGCGAUGGCGUCGAUUGCAGCAUCUGCGGAGGCUGAUUGGAAUGCAAUGAAAAUGAGGGAGAAGGAAUUGGCUGCUGUAAAAAUCAAGCCUGGUGAUGUGGACAUAAUUGCAAAUGAACUUGAGUUGGACAAGAAAGUGGCUGAAAGGACACUACGUGAGCAUAAAGGUGAUGCUGUUGCUGCUAUUCGGUCAUUGCUCCGGUGAUGAUGUGUUCUCUUGGCUGCAGCUUCUCCCCAGUGCUUAUCCAUGGGCUCAGAAUGAGGUGUUAAUGGCAUUGCUAGCUUCAUAAGUUUUUUUUUUUUUACCCCAAGGGCAACAAAUCAUGACCUUCAAACAUACUGACUGGAGAAAAGAAUGUAACUUGAGAAUCACCUAUUGAUUUAACUCUCUCUCUCUCUCUCUCUCUCUCUCUCCCCCCCCCGCAAGUUUAUGCGAGUUCGAAAACAAGUGCAUGUUGUAACGUUUAUAUGCUGGAUUGAAAAUCCAAAGUUGCAAAAUGCAUCUUUCA